UGACUCACAGGUCAAGCACUCCACCGUUUGUUUCGUCCUACAAGCCGACAUGUGGCCUUUCUUUGACUCGUGCAAAAAGGAUAUGGGUCGGCUAUUAUCUGAUGGUUUGGUUUCUCGUGGUGUGUUCCCACGCCUUAACAACUCAACAAGUCGCGCGUAACCGAAUUCCUCGCGCGCACACAUUUCACGUUCUGCCCACCACCACGUCUGAUUGCAAAAUCAUCAAGCAGACGUGCUGAACGGAAAAAGAAAGGGCGAUUCGGGACAAUAAUUGAUCAGGCUGUUGCUUACAUAGCAUCCGAAACAUCCUCAAUCAAUUAACCGCUUCAAGAAUUAAACAUGCCUCCUAAAGGUUCUGGUGGAAAGUCAAAGUCGAGCGAGGCGGCAGCUGCGCCCGCAGCAGCAGCAGGUGCGACGAAGACACAGGCCCAGACCCGUAGUGCCAAGGCAGGGCUUCAAUUCCCUGUAGGACGUAUCCACCGUUAUCUGAAGCAACGCACGCAGCACAACGUGCGUAUCGGGGCGAAGGCUGCAGUUUACACUUCUGCUAUUCUUGAAUAUCUGACUGCUGAGGUUUUGGAGCUUGCUGGUAACGCCUCAAAGGACAUGCGCGUCAAGCGUAUCACACCUCGCCACCUCCAACUUGCCAUUCGUGGGGAUGAGGAACUCGAUACAUUGGUCAAAGCAACCAUUGCUGGUGGCGGUGUCCUGCCAUUUAUCCACAAAGCACUUACAAUCUCUGGAAAGAAGAAGGUUGAGGGCACAGCAUGAGGACAAAGGGUUUUCAUCCUCAUUCAGGGCAAUACUCGUCGUGCCGUAUUCACUCACUCCCUUUCUUGUCUCGUUUCUCAUUGCGCUGACGCCUUGAGAUUUUUGGCACGUGCCUUUGUUUCCCUGUGCCCGUUUUCUGAUUUAUUUUUUGCUCUUGGUGCUGAUUGCGUCUGUUACUUACUAUUUUUUACUCUUGAUAUGUACUUGUCUACGUUUUUACUCGUCUGACGUGGAUGCUUGAAUAUAUUGUAUAUUUAAAA